GGCUUUGUUGAGCCUCGGCUGUUCUCGAUGUGAAUGCGGCCUAAGACCUCGCGUGAAGAAAAAUCGCAUAACCGAUAACAGUUGUCGACACAAGAGCAAACAAAGGAAACGAGUGCCGCCCGCGUUGCCCUAAUUAUUCGAUUAACCAGUCCUUGAAUUGAUAAGACCACGUUAUUUGUUAAGAUGUAUGUUAUACACUACACGUCGUUUUAUCAGCCCUGUGCACCACAGGUGACCUGAAAAAGGCAAUAGCAACACAAGAAAGGAAACAUGGAUACAACUUUUAAGAAAACCAUGGGCAAUAACGGAAGAUGUAAGGGUUUGGUUGCUGUAAGCAUCAUUGUCAUUUUGACAGUGGCAGUCGGCAUUAUUUCGUGGUAUUUUACGCGACCGACUCAAUCAGAACAACCCAUCAAUACCUUUAAAUUACCAUUGGCGUCCUUUUCUCCACGAAAAAAUGGACAGUUCUCUUUGCAAGCGACUGACGAUGCCAAAUCGAAAGAAGUCCUACGAGGUAAUCUUGGAGUUAAUUUUUCAAUGGAAAAUGAUUUUAGCGUAUGUAAUUCCGAAGGAGUUUGCCUUGACUGGAAAGAUGCCAGAUUGCGGAUAAAUUCCUCACAAGUAGAAGAGGGCGUAACAUGCUUCACGGUGUCGUGGGAGUCUCUAAGUUGUAAUGUGUCAUCCCUAAGAGACUGUUAUGAAAUGCAGGGGUCCCAUUGGUAUGGAGGCGCACAGGUGUAUUAUCAAUAUUGGCCAAUAGAUUCUUGGUCUAUGGAUAUGGCACCAUACGUUGCCGGAGAUUCUUACGCUGGACAAUAUGGCGGGGUGAUAGAAAGAUACUGGCUCUCAUCUGCUGGGGUUGGUAUUUUUGUGAACGCCAGCGUGCCCUUGUAUGUCAGCAUCAACAGCAGUUCAGAUAAAAACAUAUGCCUUGAAAGUAGAUGGGACCUGCCAUAUAUCAACGUUAAGAACACGCUUCCAACCUUAGAAUAUACUAUAUGCAGGAGCAAUAAUCUUAAAACUACUCACGAAUACAUGUCAAAUCGUUUUUUUGAGAAACCCAGAGAGAUACCAGAUGAAAAACUCUUUGUGGCUCCAAUUUGGUCAACCUGGGCCUUAUACAAACAAGCUAUUAACCAGUCCAUGGUCCUUGAUUAUGCGAAACAAAUUCUGGACAAUAAUUUUACCCAUUCGCAAAUAGAAAUUGAUGACGAUUGGACCCCUAAAUACGGGGAUUACACAUUUAACAAAGACAAGUUUCCAAAUACGACCGCAAUGUUUCAGAAGUUGAGAACACAAGGAUUUAGAGUUACGGUUUGGGUGCAUCCUUUCAUGAAUAUUGACUCUACAAGCUUUCAACAGGGAUUAUAUCAGAAUUUUUUCUUACAUCAUCGGACCAGAUCCAUCCCUCAAUACCCCUUACCAAUGUUGAUUACAUGGUGGAAUAAGAUUGCAGCGUUGCUGGACGUUACCAAUCACAACGCAACUGCAUGGUUUUUAAAUAAAAUGAAAAACUUACAAACAACUUACGGAGUAAGUUCUUUCAAAUUUGAUGGAGGGGAAGUGAAUUGGCUACCGAAACAUUAUCUUACGCAUGUUUUGUAUUCAAAUCCAGAUUCCUAUACUAAGCUUUGGGCUGAGAUAGCGUACAAAUCCGACACAACAGUUCGGCACCAAGAAGUACGUGUUGGAACGAGAACCCAACACUUACCCAUUUUCGUACGUAUGAUGGACAAAGAUUCAACAUGGGGUUAUGACAAUGGACUGAGAACAGUUAUCCCCGAUGCCCUGACAUUUGGACUGUUGGGAUAUCCCUUUGUCCUUCCCGACAUGAUUGGAGGCAAUGCUUAUAAUGGUAGCUUGACUGGACUUGCCUAUCCGAGUCGGGAAUUGUUUGUUCGCUGGCUGCAGGUAAACGUCUUUCUACCUUCUAUACAGUUUUCUAUACCUCCGUGGUUGUACGACGACGAUGUUAUAAAUAUCACUCGCAGGAUGAUGGCAAUUCGAGAGCAGUAUGCUGACAAAUUAGUGACCCUAGGCAAAGAUUACCUUAAAACUGGUGCACCGAUAAUCCGACCACUCUGGUGGAUAAAUGCAACGGACGAUAUAUCUCUAACAAUUGAUUCUGAAUUUUUACUUGGCGAUGAUCUAUUAGUGGCUCCAGUUCUGGAGAAGGGGGCUAGGGUUCGUGAUGUGUAUUUAGUACCCCCAUAUAAAUGGAGAGAUGAGCGAACGGGAGGAAUCCUUACUUGCGGUUGGCACUUUAACUACACAGCAGACCUCGGCGAAUUACCUUAUUUUACAAAAAUUAGUAUGUAAAAGUGUUAUGAAAAAUCGACCGUGGUGUUGGAAUUUUCUGAAGGACGAGUUUGCACAAACUCUUGACUUGGAAUUUCUCGUUGGGGACGAUCUCCUUGUUGCGCCAAUCCAAACCUUUUUCGAAAGACAUGUAUUUACUUACUCAGCCGAAAUGUGGAAAGAACAACUGAGAGGGAACGUUGAACUUGGUGGGAGAUGGUUAAAAUAUUACGUGGUCUUUCUUGGAAACCCAGCUCUCUAAAAUGUGAUAAACAAUAUGUCUUUGAAUGCUUAGCUGAAGCUCCCCAGUUUUCAUUCCUAUUCUUAAAAUAUAUAUAUGUAUAAUGAUGAUGAUGGUACACAUAAUUUAAAGUAAAGAUGGGGUAAUUUUGUAUCAUUUAAUUUACAAACUGGACCUAUAUAUCAAGAAAGAACGCAAUUCUGUAUAAAACUUAUGUAUUCUCUCGUUCCCCCUUAGACAAAACAUGCUGCGAGUUAAGUCACUCGGACAAAGGCAUAUAAUAGUAGAAGAAUAAUGUCAGAAAUGAAGAACAAGGACGGACAAGUUUCAACUACUUUCUUUUU